AUGGCGAUCGGCGGCCUCUCUGCGGCUCUUCAAGUCGGUGCGAGGGAGAUGCUGGAGGGCGUGGCACCCAGCCUCUGCACGGACGACGUGCCCGACUGCAAGGAGUGGGCGGCGUCCUCUGCAUGCCUGGAGAACCCGUUUUACACACGGGAGCAUUGCGCCAAGUCGUGCGGAGUGGGCGCCUGCGCCCGCAGCGUCAAGGGAGGACGAAUUGGAGGUUAUGCAACGAUGGCUGCAACUCGACAAUAUGCCACACAGUUCUAUGGAACUCGCGAUGUUGCAGACGGGCACUUCAGAUGGGAUGUUUCCAUGGGGGAUUAUGCAAUAGAAGGACAGAAGCUGAGGGGUGACCCAUGGCUGAUGUUGAGCUCCCUUGGUGUGGGGACAUACCUUGGAGCAGAAGAUGAGCAGACAGACAAGGAUGUGACGGCGGCGAUUCUGCAGUCCUUGUCAAGAGGAUGGAAUGUCAUUGACACAGCCAGCAAUUAUCGACAUGGCCGAGCUGAAAGAUGUGUUGGGGAGGUGUUCAGGGCAUUGCAUCACGUCAAAAACCAAGGAUUGAGAAGGGACAGCAUCUUCCUUUCCACCAAAGCUGGAUUCAUAUCUGAUGCGCUAAGGGACAAGCUCAUGAAGGAGAGCAAGAUAGUUCAAAGCGACUUGGCACAGGGCGUUAACUGUAUUCAUACAGAAUGCAUACGAGCUUCUCUGCAGGAGAGUCUGGAAAACAUGGGGAUUCGAACGGUUGACCUGCUGUACUUGCACAAUGCUGCGGAGACUUAUAUCCCUGCGAUUGGAAGACCAUCCUUUUUUGCGCUUUUAAGGAAGGCUUUCAUCGAAUUGGAAGACCUCAAGCGACAAAACCACAUUCGAUCCUAUGGGUUGGCGACUUGGAAUUGUUUCAGAACACGCCCAGGCGAUAGAUUGUAUCUGUCUUUGGAGGAAGUCGUCGAAUUAGCUCGCGAGGUGGGAGGAAGAAAUCAUGGCUUCCGAUAUAUACAACUCCCGAUUAGCUUGACAAUGGAUGAAGCCUGGAGCCAGUCGUGGCAGACAGUUAACGGCAGGAGUGCCAGUUUGAUGGAAGCAGCGGCGGAAUUGGGCGUUGGAGUCUUCGCGUCUGGACCGUUGCAGGAGGGAGAUCUGCUGAAAGCAGAAGUGAAUGGCGCCAUACGCGUUCCUGAGUGGCCUGCCCUCAGCACGGCCCAGGUCCUCCUUCAGAUAUCUAGAAGCACGCCAUACCUCACAGCAACACUUGUCGGCCACAAGACGCUUGCACAUGUGGCACAGAACACCGAAGUGGCUUUUGUGCCUCCCUUGGACAACGCGACGUUUCAUCUGUUGAUGGGCAAUCUCAAGCUGGAGCAACACGCCUGA